AGAGAGAGAGAGAGAGAGAGAGAGAGAGAGAGAGAGAGAGAGAGAGAGAGGGAGAGCCUGUGGGAAGAAACACUUUGAGAAGUUUUGUCAGUCACUGAGGAAAGAAGAGAGGCAGCCAGGACAGAGAUAAGUGAGUGCUGGGAGGAUGUGGCAUACUGGGGGUGGGGGUCUGGCUCUCGGUGACCCAGGGGAACUUUGCCACCCUGUCAUCAUCCCUUCCCUCCCUGUCGGCGGCCAACCUGCUCAUCGCGGUGGGGACCAUCAUCAUGGUGAUCGGCUGUCUGGGCUGUGUGGGCGCCGUCAAAGAGAGUCGUCCUCUGCUGCUCACGUUCUUCAUCCUCCUCCUGCUCAUCUUCUUCCUGGAGAUUCUGUCCAUCAUGCUCUUCUUCAUCUACCAAGACCAGAUUGAUCACUACGCCCAGAGGGAUCUGAAGAAAGGCCUCCAGCUCUUCGGCACGGAGGGCAACGUGGGCCUGACCAACGCCUGGAUGAUCGUACAGACUGAUUUUCGUUGCUGCGGAGUCACCAACCACACCGACUGGUUCGAGGUGUACAACACCAGCCGGGUGCCCGACUCCUGCUGCCUGGAGUACAGCGACAACUGUGGCCUGGAUAACCCGGGAACCUGGUGGACGGCGCCGUGCUACGAGCGCGUGAAGGACUGGCUUAAUGAGAACCUGGUGGCCCUUUGGAUCUUUGCUCUAUGCACGGCACUUACUCAGAUCCUGGGUCUGGUCUUCUCCAUGACGAUGUUCUGUCAGGCAGUGAAAGUAGAAACUUUUUACGCCUAGCGACUGACCUCUGACCUCCAGCACACUCGGAUUGUUUCUCCAUCUGAGAGAGACACGGACCCUACCCUCCUCCUCUUCCUUCCUCUUCCUCCUCCCUCCUCCUCCUCCUCCUCGACAGACUCUUCUUUUCAAACACUCGUCCUCUCUGUGACACUCGCUCCCGGGUGUCCCCCUGAUCACAGAUCCUCCUCCUCUAACUAUCAACAAGCACAGUGUCAGUGUCCUACCUGAGUUGUUUUGCUAUGGUUUGCUCUGUGUCGAGAAAAAAAAACAAACAAGAAGCUAAUUUCUGUGAUACAUUCUAUGACGCUGUAUUAUGAACAUGUAUAAAAGCAAAACGUGUGUAACCCCCCCCCCCCCCCCUUUUUUUAAUAUGUGUGUUUUUGAUUUAAAUUAUUUCACGAUUUGUUUGUAUGUGUCUUUCAAACUGAGAGCUACCGAUUGGGAAGGUGCAGAGUGUGAAGUGCUGCAAGUGCAUGUCUCCUGCGAUGGUGUGUAUUAAAUGUUUUUGGCUCGACUAAA